CGGAUGAAUAAAUUUGAUAUUUUUGUGGUUUUUUUAACCAGUUAAUAUUAUUAACAUUAAAUUGUAACAGUAUUAUUUUGAUGAAGUAUGGAGCAGAUAUGUCGCGUUUGUCUGUGCGAAUCCGUCACACUUGUUGAUAUAUUCGCCCAGAUGCAUAAUGAAGAGGAAAUUAGUUUGGCAGAAAUGUUGAACGAAUGCGCCGAGUGCAAGAUAAAAAUCGACGAUGAAUUGCCAAAGAUGAUAUGCAUGGAGUGUUCCUUGGAUGCAGAGAGAGCGUUCAAGUUUAAGCGCAGGUACGAACAGAGCUACAAGCUGCUGACCUUGAAGGUGGAGAAGCGGGAACUGGAAGUGGAUGCUGACUUUUGUGAUUUGCUCGAGGCAGAAGAUUGGGAUCUUCCCAGCAGAGAUUGCAUCAAGAUCGAGCUAGACGAAAGUACCGACGAAUUCGAAGAGAAGGAAUCUCCCAAGCAGACACCAAACACAUCUGAAGAACCAAAGCAGGAGGAGAUUCAAAAGAAACCCACCAAGGAGGAAAACUUUCAAGAGAAUAUGUCUCCGCCAUUUGCCGGAUUUGAGGAGGAGGAAGAGACUUCAAAUCGCAAUCCUGUUCGCAAAUCUCAGCGCAAGUGCUACGUAGAUCUUAGCAAGGAUUUGGAAUCUGACAGCAGCAACUACACUGACUUCAGUGUAGAUGAAGAUGAAUUUGAAAUAGAUGAACUGAUGGACAAGAAAUCAUGCAGCAAAGGAUUCGCCGACAAAACACCAACAACAGGACGUCCACACAAGUGUCCGGAAUGCCCAAAGUCCUUCAGCAGAAUCGAUACUCUCAAAGGACACAUACGCACUCACACUGGAAUGCGUCCCUACGAAUGUCCCUAUUGCCCCAAGGUCUUUGCCCAGAGCCACCAUGCCAGAGAUCACAUUCAAGUGCAUAAUGAAAAGCGUCCACAUAAGUGUCCACAUUGUCCAAAGGCCUUUGGCCAAAAGUCCAACUUGAAAGCACACAUUUACGUACAUGCUGGAGAAGGACCAUACAAAUGUAACCAGUGUACGAAAUCAUUUUGCAGGAACUAUGAUCUCAAGGCUCACCUGCGUGUUCACACCGGCGAUCGUCCCUAUAAGUGCACUCCCUGUCCGAAAGGCUUCAACCGCCGUCGAGAUCUUGAGCGGCAUGUCAGGAUUCAUACGGGCGAAAAUCCCUUCAAGUGCACCAAGUGCGUUUUACAAUUCGGCAGGAAAGAUCAACUACAGGCUCACAUUCGUGGACAUGAAAUGGGUAAAAUUGUUCCACGCCUCAAACGCAACAAAAAAGAGCAAAAAAUCCAAAACAAAUCCUAAUAUACUUGUUAAAGAUA